GUCGUCGGCGGCCUCGGCGUCGCGGCGCUGCACGCCGUGGCGCUGCCAUUUCUGCUGCCGGCGCUGCGCAAGCACUGCCUGCCCUACGUGGCGGCGAACGCGGAGCAGAUGGAGCUGCUGACCGCCGCCGCGCGGCGACGGAACCUGCGGAGGGUCGUCGACCUCGGCAGCGGCGACGGCGUCGUCUGCGUCGAGCUCAGCAGGCGGCUCGGCAUCGUGACCGUGGGCCACGAGCUCAACCCCUGGCUCGUCUGGUACUCGCGGCUCCGGGCGCGCGCCGCGGGCGUGCACCACCUGUGCACGUUCCACCGCGGCGACAUGUUCGACGCCGAUUUGACGGGAGCGGACGGCGUCGCGCUCUUCGUCGUGCCCGCGAUGAUGGCCGACCUCGAGGCCAAGUUCGCCCGCGACCUGGACGUCGACGCCGUCGUCCUCGCGGCGCGCUUCCCGCUGGCGACC